UUUAAAUAAGAUGAUUUAUUUAUUUAUGAUUUCAUUUACUAACAUUCCUCUCAACUGUAAAGAACACUUGAAUAAUGAAAUACAAAGUAUUAUUCUUGACCCUAACUGUGUUGACUUUGCCGCACUUGAGUGAAGCUAAGCGACCCGUCUCGGUGGAGCUCAGAAACUUGACAUGCUUAAACAUUGAAGCGUCAGUUGUGAGUCACAUUCGCUGCGAAGUGCAUAAAAAAAGAUCCGAUCCCUCGUUUUCCGUGAAUUUCAGUCUAUUGGAAACAGUGAGAUCGUUUAAUAUUGUGAUCAUUUUGGAUAUUAUGAAACGAGAUGGCACCAAAUUGAGCUUGACUCAAGUCAAAAUGGAUGGUUGCAAGUUUCUCAACUCCAUCAACAUCGGCAGCUUUUAUGGCAAGUUCUUUAGGCGCUUUCAAAUUGGCAGCACUCUACCCACAAAUUGCCCAGUAUCAGAGGUGGGUAUUAGUAUUAUAAAUUUAUCUAAAUUAUGCCAUUAAUAUGCCAACCAAUAUUUACAGUGCAUAACGUAUGGCAUGACAAAUGUCACACUAAUCCCUGAUAUGUAUC